CUGUGUGAUUGCAGCCCUAAUUGACAAAGGACGCGUUAGUGUAUUAUUAUUAUUUACCUAUUUUGCCAAAUGAAGAGUUUUGGGAUAAAUUUCUGAAAGAUGGCUAAAUUAUUGCAGCGCGUCGAAAUUACAUUGCGUAGUUUUUACAUAUUUAACUCGAGUUUUGGUGAGCAAGAAGGCGAGGAACACAAGAAGGUUUUGUUUUACCAUCCAAAUGACAUUGAAUUAAACACGAAAAUAAAGGAUGUGGGACUGAGUGAGGCCAUUAUAAGGUUUACAGGUACUUUUACCUCUGAAGAUGAUUGUCAAGCCCUGCACACCCAAAAAACCACACAACUUUUUUACCAGCCAGAGCCAGGAUAUUGGAUUGUUUUGGUCCUGAAUGUUCCCAAGGAGGUGCGCUUAAAGGAGGGCGUUGAAGUGGCCGAUUAUCGGGGUGCUGAGAUCUCGGACAGGAUUUACAGGGCCAUUUUACGACAGUGCUAUCAAAUGUUUUGCUUCCAACAUGGAAGUUUCUCCGCUUUUGGAUCUGGGGAACCAAAUCCCGCCAAGCGAAGGGAUUUACUCUGCCAAGAGCUCCUACAUUUCUAUGGCCACCACCUGACGAACUUAAAGGAGCCCUCGCACUGUGAUAUCAUCGACAUGAUGCAUUCCACACAAUAUCUUCCCCUGGAUAAAUCACUCUUUUUGCGGGCCCAGAAUUUCGGGACGUUGGGCGAGACCUUUCCCGCCAUUAAAGAGAGCAUAAUGCUCUACCAGGAGCAGGUCCUUUGCGGGGGAAAACUCAAUCCGGGGGAUCUGCACAGCCUGCACUCUUAUGUGGUGCAGCAUGUGCUGAAAGUAGAGGCCAGCAGCUCUUCCAUUGCAGUGAGUCAGUCGCUAAAGAGGAGCAUAAGUGAGUGCCAGGUUGGAGGAUUUGUAAGGAGCCAACAGAAGGGUGAUGGUAAGGAGGCGGAGAACCUGGAGGACCAUCCCCUGAAGGUCUAUGUCACGCUGGAAGAGAAGCAAGCGAAGCCCUAUUACCUGCUCAUCUAUCGUGCUCUGCACAUAACUCUCUGCCUAUUUUUGGAUGCGGACCAACCCGAGCCCAAGCAAGAGCUAUAUGAUGAGCUCCAUUCCUACAUGGCUCCCCAACUGACUUCCCUAGCCCGAGACAUAACCAGCGAGCUGAACAAGGAGCUAGUGGGUGCUGCGAGUCAGGAGAACACGACCAGCAACAGUGAAAAUGCACCCAAAUACCUGUUUAUCAACGAACAGAGUCUUCAGCAUCACACGAACCUUCAGCGGCACCUGCCUCAGGGACUUCCCCGCAAUGUCUUUAGCAUUAUAGCUGAUCUGGCCAAUCCCAGUGGCAGAGGGGAGAUGGACAGUUCUCCUGCAGAGGAGCUUCAGGUGAAGACCACCAACGACUACUGGAUUGUUAAGAGGCGCUGUAACUACAGACAGUACUAUGUGAUCUUGUGCAACAGCAAGGCCACUCUACUCGAUGUCACCCAGGAAGCGAGACGCAUUUUCGAGCAGGAGCUCACAGAUGAUGUAUUUUUUGACAAAUAAAGAGGAGGAUUAGAUAUAGAA